AUGCCCCUGCUUCCCAGCACCAUGGGUCUGGCAGGCCUGCUCUUCUGGGCAGGUCAGACAGUGAAUGCUUUGAUGGUGCCCAAUGGUACUCUGGCCCUGGCCCACCCUGAGGGCACAGCUGUGAGGCCCCCAAGUGGCCUGGGGGUGCCCCGGUACCAUCGGAAGCGCCACAUCUCUGCCCAGGACAUGAGUGCCUUACUGGAUUAUCACAACCACAUCCGGGCCAGCGUGUACCCACCUGCUGCCAACAUGGAAUACAUGGUCUGGGACGAGCGACUGGCCAGGUCUGCCGAGGCCUGGGCCACCCAGUGCAUCUGGGCCCAUGGGCCCUCCCAGCUGAUGAGAUACGUGGGCCAGAACCUCUCCAUCCAUUCUGGCCGGUACCGCUCAGUGAUAGACCUUGUGAAGCCUUGGUCCGAGGAGAAGCAGCAUUACUUGUUUCCGGUCCCGAGGGACUGUAACCCGCAGUGCCCCUGGCGCUGCAGUGGCCCUGUCUGCUCCCACUAUACCCAGAUGGUGUGGGCAUCUUCCAAUCGGCUGGGCUGUGCCAUCCACACCUGUAGCAGCAUCAAGGUCUGGGGCAGCACCUGGCAUCAGGCAGUAUACCUGGUCUGCAACUAUGCCAUUAA